UCGUGUUACCAUUACCAUCGUGGUCCUCUUACUACUAUUCUUCUUAAAUCUCUCUCUCUCUCUCUCUCUCUCUCUCUCUCUCUCUCUCUUUCUCUUUCUCUCGCUCUCUUCUUCUUCUUACACAAUCAUGUCUACUUGCGUCACCGGAACAGAGGCGGCGUUACGAGCAGCUGCAUGUAGAGACGGCGACGUAGCGACACAUCUAAAGCUAAUAGCCGUCCUCGUCAUCUUCUUGACAAGUGUUUUAGGUGUUUGGGGACCUGUUUUACUCGCUAGAUACUUUCACGGGAAGCCUCUCUACGACAAAGCGAUUCUUGUGAUCAAGUGUUUCGCCGCCGGCGUGAUUCUCUCUACGUCACUAGUCCACGUGUUGCCGGAAGCGUUCGAGGCCCUCGCUGAUUGCCAAGUGUCCUCUCGUCAUCCUUGGAGAGAUUUUCCUUUCGCUGGUUUGGUUACGAUCAUCGGAGCUAUAACGGCUUUGUUGGUUGAUUUAACGGCGAGUGAACAUAUGGGACACGGUGGUGGUGGUGGCGGCGGCGGAGGGAUGGAGUAUAUGCCGGUUGGUAAGGCGGUUGGGGGGAUAGAGAUGAAAGAAGGAAAGUUUGGGGCUGAUUUGGAAAUACAAGAAAAUAGUGAGGAGGAGAUUGUGAAGAUGAAACAAAGAUUAGUGUCACAAGUUCUUGAAAUUGGGAUUAUAUUUCAUUCUGUUAUAAUUGGAGUAACUAUGGGAAUGUCACAAAACAAGUGUACCAUUAGACCUUUGAUUGCUGCACUUUCGUUUCAUCAGAUUUUUGAAGGUUUAGGUCUUGGUGGUUGCAUCGCUCAGGCUGGCUUUAAGGCAGGGACAGUAGUGUACAUGUGCUUGAUGUUCGCGGUAACAACGCCUCUAGGGAUUGUACUAGGGAUGGUGAUUUUCUCAUUGACCGGGUACGAUGAUCAGAACCCGAACGCAUUGAUAAUGGAAGGGUUAUUGGGAUCACUAUCUUCAGGGAUUCUAAUAUACAUGGCCUUAGUUGAUCUUAUUGCAUUGGAUUUCUUCCAUAACAAGAUGCUCACAUCGCCCGGUGAAUCCAGUUCUCGGCUGAAGAAGUUAUGUUUUGUCGCUUUGGUUUUGGGUUCUGCAUCUAUGUCACUGCUUGCUCUUUGGGCUUAAAACAAGAUAUAGAGGUUUGUAUACUAAUUUGGCUUCAGGAAAUAUCAUGAAUAUCCAAAUUCUGUUUUUAACAUAUUGUAUUUGAUCUUUUAUAAAUAUAUAUCUAAUUACAGAUUUAUCAUU